UCCAUGCGCUGUGAGUGGAUUUCAGCAUAAACACAUGAUUACACAAGUCACUGCCGCGAUCUCUACUGCCCCACUGUCCCACUCCACCCGGGGGACAACAGGACGUCCUCAGAUCUGCACUUUUAAUCGAUACAGGAAGCCAUUUUAACCAAAGAUCAAGUUAUUUUUGCUCAGUUGCUACCUUACCUCGGCUAACAUCCCUGACCCUUCUCGUGCGCAGGGGGAAUGGAGAAAGCCAAACAAGAUGCUUUUGACCACGCCCGCCUCCAGGUCAUCCAGGACGGCUACAAGUCCGCCUUCGAGUGCAUCAACCAGGGCCUGAGCGCGGACGAGGCCGGGGACAAGGCCCGCGCCCUGGAGCUGUACCAGAGGGGGCGCCGUCACCUCCUCCGGGCCAUCAGCGUGCCCUCCGACGGCGACGAGUGCUCGGGCAUCGCCUGGCAGUCUGCGAGGGAGAUGCAGAAGAAGAUGCAGGAAACGCUGAACAACAUAACGACACGAGUAGCCAUUUUAGAAACCAGCGCGGAAACAAAUGCUCCAGAAAAUCCUCCAGAAAAUGCUGCAGAAAGUAGACUGUACCCGAAUGUGCCCGACAUUUCAACCAAAGACAAACCGGAAAGACCCCCACCGCCCAAUAUUGUGGUGAAUGGGGCGGGAGCAGCAGGUGCAGUUGGAGCUGCAGGUGGCGCUCUCCCCCUCUCCCCCAGCAUCCAGCCCAGCGCCCCGGCCGGCCUCCCUCCGGCCUACUCCCCCCAGGCGGCCGACGGUCACGUGUCGCUCUCGUACGGCACGGACUCGGGGGAGAUGUCAGCGGUGGGAGAGGACUUCUACAGCCAGCGCUCCACGCCGUCCCCUCAGAGCGUGACGUGGGAGGACGGGGAGCUGCUGCUGUACAUCCCACACGGGGUGCAGAUCUUCUUCGUGACGCCGGAGGGAGCCGUGAGCGCGCCGUCGUACCCGAGCUUCCUCCGACUGGUCAAGUUCACCCACGAGGCGUCAGACAGGACCCCCAAUAGACCCCCGGCGUUCCUGCAGGUGUCUGAGUGGCUGUACCCGCUGAUGUCCCAGUCUCCAGUCCUCCUCUGCACCUCAGGAGUCUUCAUGUUCCCCGACAUGAUGGCGCCGGCCCCUGGGUACUUCGUGGGCGUGGUGCUGUCCUCAGAGCUGCCCGCCGCCGACCGAGAGCUGUUCCAGGACCUGCUGUCCCAGAUGACAGACCUCCGAGUGCAGGCUCCGGAUGAAGCGGCGGCCGACUCCAUUAACCUGAGUCAGAAGGUGUCGCUGGUGGCUCCUCAGGUCACUGUGGAGCCGGUCGGCGAGGUCAGCGAGGUCAAGACUCUGCCGGAGUGGAGCGAGAAGGUGGCUCAUGGCAUCAUCACGGGUGCUUCGUGGUUGAGCUGGGGCCUGGUGAAAGGAGCAGAGUUCACGGGUAAAGCCAUCCACAAGGGGGCGUCGAAGCUGAGGGAGCACAUGACUCCAGAGGACAAACCCGCCACCGUGAGCCCCACUGUCACCAAGGGCCUGCAGGUGGCCAAGCAGGCUACAGGGGGCGCCGUCAAAGUCAGCCAGUUCCUAGUGGAUGGAGUGUGUGCCGUCACUGGGUACGUGGGACGAGAGCUGGCUCCACAUGUGAAGAAACACGGAGAAAAACUCAUCCCAGAGUCCAUGAAGAAAGACAAAGACGGACGCUCCAACCUCGACGGAGCGAUGGUGGUGGCAGCCAGUGGAGUCCAGGGUUUUGCUACUAUGUGGACCGGGCUGGAAGUAGCGGCUAAGAACAUCGCCUCAAGUGUCGCCACUGAAACGGUCUCGACGGUGAAGCACAAGUACGGAGCGGCGGCCGGACAAGCCACGGACCACGCCGUCAACUCCGCCAUCAACGUGGGGCUCACCGCUUUCAACAUCGACAACCUGGGCAUCAAAGCUGUGGUGAAGAAGACGGGCAAAGAAACCGCCAAAGCCAUCCUGAAGGACUACGAAGUACACGAAACCCCGGACAACGGCCAAGGAGACAAGCAGGUGGAAAAAUCAGAGAAAUAGUCAGUCAAAUAGAGUCUACAAAGCUCCACAAUGCCUUAAGAUAGGUUGUGUUCACGCCACCAAUAAAAGUAAAGAAAUAAAGAUAUAAAAAAAUAAAUGAAAAUAAAGUUCAAUGAGAUCUUUGUUAGUCUAAUUGAACUAAGAUCAAAUAUUGCUUUUGCUUUAGUCUCAAAAGAUCGUGUUAAAACAGUGAAGCUCCUAUAUGUAACUUCUCGGCUGGGGGUCCGUCACCUUCUUGUUUCUAUGGAUACGUCAUUGCUCUGCCUGGAAUGUUCCACAGUAUGACAUUAAACAGCUCUACUUUACAUUUAUUCAAUUACGGGUGGUUUUAUAGCUCAAAAAUACUUAGAAAAACAGGCGUUCUGCUUGUGAGCGGGGUCGCCUCUCCACAGAUCUGACCUGUAACUUGGCCUGGUUCGUUCUCCAAAAGCAUCUGACGGACCCUCUACCAGAAAAGUUACACAAUGCACCUUUAAAUUAAGAACAUUUCAGAUAUAUCCAUGAACGCAGCCUAGUAAUUUGAAGUUUCUAUAUUUAUUGUACUAGGUCUAUAUAAUAUUUAUAUUAGAGCCCGACCGAUAUAUCGGUUGGCCGAUAUUAUCAUCUGAUAUGGGCAACUUUAGGCAUAUCGGCUAUCGACCGAUAUGCUUGCUGAUAGGGGCCGAUAUUUCACGUGGGCAUGUUAUACCUCGUUAUAAAUCUUAGACUCUCUACAUUCUGUUCAUUUAAUCCAAUUUACAGACAGAUAAAUGUCCUAAUAUGUGGCUCCACAUCAGUAUUUAUCUACGAAGUCAUUUGUCUGUGUGUGUCCGUACUGUCCCUGAACACACCACAGAGUCGCGUCACUCACGUGUGUUUGUUUACACCUGCAGACACAGAUCCAAACACUGAGAUUCUUUUUACGGACAAUCGGUUUGAGUCUGGAUUAAAAGGACAUUUAUUAGUGCAGAUUUGUGAUGUGAGGAGGAGCCUGUAUGAGCGGUGAGUGUUGGAAAUAUGUCGACUCUGAAGCUAGUUUUUGUCAUUUGUUAUGGGUUAGCUGCUGUAGCUCCCGCACAUAAACAGACUGUUUUCUAUUGGUCUGUUCUAAAGUGACUAUAUUGGCCGUAUAUUUGCUCCUGGACCUGCACUGAUAUGUAAAUGAGCUGUGAACAGACGUGUGAAUUAUGACAUUUGCGCAUAUAAUUAAUUACCGCGGCGCGCACGUAUUUACGGCUAAAGGCUAAUAGCGCUACUUUCUUUACUAGUUAUGGGUCCGUCGCGAACGAAAUGACUCUUAGAACCGGCUCUUUGAAGGGAACGACGGGAGCCUGAUCCUUAUUGGGAGCCGUGUUUUCUCUUUCUCUCACUUUUUUUCUCUUCACGCCGCGUGAUUCGUGGUUUGACAGCGGCAGCGGCUCAAAACGAAACUUUGAGAAAUUUGCGUGUACGUAGGAUUAAAAAAAAUAAAAAUAAAAAAACGAGCAUAUUUGACUGUAGUUUAGCAUAAAAUAAGUCCUGGUUUAGUCCUUUUUCAGUCCUGGUUUAGACCUGGUUCAGUCCUGAUUCAGUCCUGCUUUAGACGUGCUUUAGUCCUGCUUGCAACAAAACAAUCUGAAGAGCCACUUGGGAGCCAAAAGAACCAGCAGCUUUUAGUGAGCCGAGCCAAAAGAGCCGGUUCUCUAAAAAGAACUGGAAUACCCAUCACUAGUGUCUAGAAUGUGAUGCAAAAAUGCCAUUAAGCCAACCUACUGUCUGUAAAUAUGAUGUAAAGAGGCAGAAUAACAAUAAAUGUUGCCUAAAUAAACUCAAUUUAAAAUCCACCAGAGCCAAACCUAAGUUUUUUAAACAAUUCAACAUUUACAGUGAAUUUUUACAUCACUAACUAUAUCGGCGUUAUAUCGGCUAUCAGCAGCGCCAACUCCCAUUAUAUCGGUUUCAUAUCGGCCACAGCAAAAUCCAUAUCGGUCGGGCUCUAAUUUAUAUACUAACUGAUAUUUUCUGACCAAGAUGUUUAUAUUUCUAGAGAUUUGAUUCUAGAGGCACUUUAAUCCUAAAAGAAGGUAAAAUGAGAACCAAUAAAGAAGUAUGAACUCUGGGUUUGCCAUGUGGUUUAAAGUGCGUAUGACAGAUUUCCAUGUUUUUCUAAUUAUCACUUUAAUUACCGUAUUUUCCGCACUAUAAGGGGCACUGUCAUUGAAUGGUCUAUUUUCCAUUUUUUUUCACAUAUAAACUGGACUAUAAGGCGCAUUAAACAAAACGCAACAGUCAGAUAAGUCAGUCAAACUUUAUUUAACACGUUCACAAUAAUUCUCAACUUUGUUCAACUGUAACGUGUAAAAAAAAUACUGUCUGAGGCACUAAAUUGUUCGUAUAUUCACAAUAACUCAUAAUUGUUCAAACAGUUGGGCGAUUACAGCGUCCAGCAUGGCCGCAUCCCUCUCGACAUUAUCCGAGUCAGUGUGGUUACUGUUCCCUGGCAGUUCAGUGAUGAUUCUGGUCUUGGUGAAAGCUCGGACCACAGUUGAUACUGAUCCUUAGUCCAGGCGUCCACGACCCGUUGACAGAUCGUGGCGUAAGUCGCUCGGCGCUCAUCCACUGCUCCCACGCAGCUCGCACUUUCACUUUAUAACAGCCUUGAGUUUAAAGUCAGCGUUGUGAGCGUGUCUCUUGACAGGUGCAUUUUGAUAUUAAAAGGAAUCACAGUAUGUAUUACUCCACGAUGCUCCUGACUACGGGAGCCGAAAUGCUGCAAGUGGUGCGGCUUUGUAGUUUACUAAAGUCGUACUAAGACACCCCAAUAAAUUCAUAUAUAAGGCGCACAGUCCUUUUUUGAUUAAAUGAAAGGCUUUUAAGUGCGCCCUAUAGUGCGGAAAAUACGGUACAUAGAUACAAGACCACAGGGUAGUAUAAAAGACAGUACUAUGAUUUAAUGUCUUUAAUAUCUGUUCCUUCAUACUGAGUUGGAAAUUGUACUGUGCUGAUAACGGUUGAUUAAAAGAAGUCUAACCUGUCAUAUGCAUUUUUAAUCUUUCAGGUUAAUAGAUGUUUUAAUAACUACUGAGUAUGGACCUAAUUAGCUCGGGUAUCUUUUCUAUCGUUCCUGUAGGACACUAUAGACCUACUGUAAUGCCUUCAAUCCAAAUCUGUAUUUUUUUCUUUGUUUGUAAUGUAAAAUUUAACUGCAUUCUGUGCCUUAUCCUGACUAAUGACAUCAAGUGAAGUUAAAAUUUCUCACUGCCCUGUGAAUUCUUAUUAAAAAAAACUAAAAACAUAUAUAUGAUUUGUUUAGUUUUCAAAGUAGUGAGUUAAUAUAAUAUUGUCUACUGACUCAAUUUAUGUUUAGUGUUUAAAAGAGACUAUUUUACGCUAUUUUCUGAUCAAUUUUGUGAUGUUUCGUCAUCAGAAACAGACCUGGAGUUGUGUUUUGUUUCAUUCACAUGUUUAACACACAAAUGCUGCGUAUUUUAACCUGAGUUCUUCUCUCAAGCAGAAAAAGUCUGUUCCAACUUGUGAUGUCAUGUGGUAAUUCAAGGAAGUAGCGCCAUUGUGUUUUUAAACUCCAGACACCUUCACUUGAAUCAUUUGGAUUAUUUCAGCGCUGGAGUUGAUGAUCCCUACUGAACUAAAGUUAAAAGGUUAAAAACUGCAACUUCAUGACAUCACAAGGUGGAACAGAGCAUUUUGAGCUUUGGAGAUGUAGACAGACUGAUAAUGCAGGAUUAUUCAAAGUGUAAAUGAAACAAAACACAACUCCAGGUUUGUUUUUGAGAAGGUAACACCAUUCUAGCUCACAAGAGUUAAUUUUGCGUCAUAUAGGACCUUUAAGUCUGCUCCAACUGUUAUAGUAUGACUUUGUUUAUGUUUUGUGUAUUAUUUAACUUGUUAUUACACUCAUAAGUUGAAUGUAAAAAAGUUAUAGACCUGUGUAAAGCUUUAACAAUGCCUCAGUCUACAAAUAAAAUAUUUUUCAAAGUGA